AUGCUUCGAAUACUCGAUGAUGCUAUGAAAGAUGUGGAGGAUAUUCUGGAACGGAGCGUAAGUCCAAGUCCCCCAGAGUCGAUAAGACUCACUGAGAAGAAGAAGAGAAUACUGGACAGAAAGAAUCCCGUAUCUGCUCCACAUCACCCAACUUACCUCACGAUGAUCAAGGGAGCAGUGCUGGCCUUGAACGAAAGUAAGGGAGCCAGCAAGCCAGCCAUUCUGAAGUAUCUGGCUCAGCACUACCCACUGGGAGAGAAUUUAACAAAGAUCAAUUCGCAUCUAAAAACCGCGCUCAAAAAAGGUACUAAAGGCGGUGACAUCGAGCAGACCAAUUAA